UUGUGUCAUGUGGAGAGGAGGGCGCCCCGUUCUGGUCGCUGAAGCGUUUCCUGUGUUUGCGGACUGGGGCAUUUCUUGUUGCCACACCGAGCCUGGACAGUGGAGCAGUAGAGCAGGCAGCGCCUCUCUGGAUGGAGUUUGUCACGCGCAGCAGUUCGGAGGCUCUCGCGCACUCGUAGCUUCGCUCGCGCGCUGUUUUUAGCCUUCACGCCGAACCUCGCCGUUUUGUCUCAGGGCUUUAAACUGAUCAGAUCCAUCCAAUGGGAAAAGGAUUGCUCAGGAUGAUGGAAGAUCUCUGAAGAAUAACCUUAAUUACACUUGAAGACCGUUGAUUCUCAAAUCCUUCCUCAAUGGGCUCCCGUAGUCAGGGUUUCUUCCAUAAUCAGCACCACCACCAUCACCAGCACCACCACCGCAGCUCCACAAUGCCCAGUCCAGCUGUGCCUAGACUGAUGGCUGAGCCAGGUAGUCUGCUUGGCGGCAUUGCCCAAAUCACUCCCACUCUGUUCCUUAGCCGUGGAGCUGUAGCAUCCAAUCGUGGCCUGCUGCUGUCCAAGGGAAUCACGUGUGUAGUGAAUGCCACUAUCGAGCUGCCAAAUUUCAACUGGCCACAUGUGGAGUAUGUAAAGGUCCCACUGGCAGACGCCCCACACUCACCUAUAGCGCUGUACUUUGACAGUGUAGCAGACAAGAUCCACAGCGUGGGACGGAAGCGCGGCGCUGUGCUGGUGCACUGUGCUGCUGGUGUCAGCCGUUCAGCCUCGCUCUGCCUUGCCUACCUCAUGAAGUAUCAUGGAGUGUCGCUUGCUGAGGCACACGCCUGGGUAAAGGCUCGAAGGCCUGUCAUUCGGCCCAAUGGUGGGUUCUGGCGCCAGCUAAUUGACUACGAGCGCAAACUCUUUGGCAAGACCUCAGUGAAGAUGGUUCAGACGCCGUAUGGAGUAAUUCCCGAUGUUUAUGAGCGUGAUCGUAGGAACCUAGCACCUUACUGGGGCCUGUAAGGAAAGCACAGGGAGGUGCUUUCAGGGGAAAAAUGGAAGGUGAUCUAAUCUGAUCAGUGACCUUUGGGUGAUUGGUGACUUGCCCAGUAUCCAGCCACAAAAAAGUGUUGAGUGUUAAACACUCAGACACAUCAAACAAACAUGCCUUUUUCUCCAGGGGCGAGAGACAGAAAGACAAACCAAGUUGAGAGGUGACAUCAGCAGUCAGACACCCUAAUCUAUUCUUGAUUAGGAAGAUGAACUGGAAGUGGGAGUCAAAGCCUUUAGGGCAGCGUAAGAAAUUAUGCAGGUUUCUUAAUCUGUGAUGACUUGCCAGUUUGGCAGUUACUGGUAGCAUCUUCAAGCAUAUUUUUCAGUAGGAUUGGUUAGUGAAAGUAACUAAAAAGCCUUGAAAUGUUUCAAUAAGUUAAAUGUUAAGCAACAAGUUUAUUUAAUGAUCAUAAUCUAACUCAAGAAAUAUUGAUACAUUAGUUAAAUAUGGUUUGGCAAUUUUGGGCCAUUUAUUAGCCAUGGAGGGUUUUAUAUUCCUUCUACUGACACAUUAGGUCCAUUUAUAAGCUACAAGUUGCUGAGGUUUGGAUUAAGCCUAUUAAAAUGCUUUGAAAAGUGUUGACAUGUAUGACAAUAACAAAUGAAAGAAAUUCAAGACCCAUGUUGAGAACUGCUCCAUGAACUAUAAAAAAUUAAAAACAUGAAUCUGGUCUGUUUUAUUAAAUGUUGGGAAUCAGAACGUUGGGAGUUGUGUAUUUCUAAAUUCAAAUAUGAAAGUGUUUUUUAAAGCCACAAAUGAUUGAAUAAUUUUAAAACCUUUUCAAUUAAAUUUUUAGGUUAUUUUUUUUUUUUUAAUUAGCAUUUCUUACACAUAGUUAUUACACACUGUUUCACAUAAUUAUGACUGGAGAAAUGAUUUCGGGAAAGGAUGUAAAAUCCUGAAUGGCAAUUAGGAGAAUCAUGUCAUGAAAUAAAAAGCUGAGAAGAUUAAUAAUGAUGUUGAAAUUAAUAAAGUUUUAAAAGAAAAAUUCAA